UCAUACAGUGAAAGAGUUCCUCUAGUCUUGCUUUGGCACCCUUUCUGUUGCCAAAUUUUCAUACUUAGUCUAUAAAUUAGAUAUUUGAGUUAUAUAUAUAUAUACCUCAUAAUAAAAACACUUUCCUUAACAUAAAAAUCAUGAAUAAUAAAGGUAAUAUGUAUGCAAUGGUGAUGUUUCUAUUUGUGAUCACCACUACUACGAUCAGCUCGAUUUCGUGUUCUUCUUCUUCCGACAUAAAUAAUGAUGAGGAGAUUGUCAUGGUCGUGGAAGAACAAAAAUCCUACCUGCAACCAGGGAUGAUGGUUGAGAAGCCAGUUCAACUUGGACGAUUCGAUUUAAAAGAUGGGAGGUCUGUGACAUUAUUACGACAUGUGAAUGGAAAACAGAAUUGUGUUGGCCUCAAUGGCGAUCCAUGUGGUCUGUUCGAUCCAUGCUGCGAAGGGCUUUCUUGCGAUGGGAUUUUUAGUGGAACGUGCAGUCGUAUCUCAAGUUGCGCACCUGUCGGUUCUACUCAAUGCUCGGUGAUCUUUUCAGGAGCACCUGAGUGUUGUUAUCCCUAUAAAUGCACUUCUACCGGUCACUAUACUGCUAUUUGUAAGUAGUAUAUUCUAAUAGAUAUGUAUAUGCAUGUAACUGGAUUGUUUAUAUAUACCUGUGUGUGUACGCGCGCGCGUAAGUGUGUAAUAAUGCAACCAGACAUAUACCAUGUAAUAAAUAAUGUAUCAAUCCAAGAGCUUUAGCUCAAUGGUCACUAGGAAGUAAAAUAGAGCUUUUGGAUGUGUAUAUAUUUCGGGUUCGAGUCUGUUUGGAGAUGAUCGUGUGACUGCCAGUGAUACAAAAAAUGGUGCCGUAAUUGCAUUUAAAAAAAAAUGUAUCAAUGCCGUUCAUGGAUAUGAUAUGGUAUGAAUGCCUCAUUGUGUAUCUUCUUAUUAAGUUUAAUGAAAUAAGCAUCGUAUUAAUUAGUGUUCUA